AAAACAUUAAUUUGGGGUGCAAAAAAUAUUUAUGGAAAGUAUACAAGAUGGUCUGUAAUUGUAAAAAUAACUAAUGACCUUUUUAUAAAACUUGAAGAGGAUAAUAUUAAAGUUAAUUGUCUUGUAACAGAUUCAGCUUCUGAAUUUAUAGCUGCUUGA